AUGCUUCUCUCGCUGGUCUUCUUCACGCUAUUCAACAUUGGGGUUAUUGUAUGCGCGAAUGCUGCAGCUCGUUCUCCGAACCUGUAUGGCCUCAUAAUGAUACCAGAAGCCAAAGUUGCCAUUAUUUGGCUCCAAGUCUCGCUAGGUUCGUAUGUCGCGACUAUGCUCGUACUGAAGAUCUCCAUCGCUAUCUUCUAUCUCCGGGUCAUGGUAAAAUCCUGGCAAAGGCGGGUAAUAUGUGGGACUUUAGGUCUGGUCACUAUCUUUAGUAUUGCCUAUUUCUUCUUUGCAAUAUUGCAGUGUGGUCCGACCGUGGAUCCUAUCAAGUUUAUGAAUCGAAAAUUAGGUGGACAAUGCGUGAGCGAUGCGAAGAUCCUAGGCGCGUCUUACGCUCAAGGCGCAAUCACGAGUGUGACCGAUAUUAUAUAUGCCGCAAUGCCAGUUACACUUCUCAGACGAUCAAAUAUGCGUGCGAGAGACAAGGUCACGGUUAUGUUUAUACUGACACUAGCGGCCUUUGGCGGAAUUGCGUCGAUGAUCCGAAUGAACUAUAUCUCCCGAUUAGCGACUGCGACCAUCAGCUGGUUCACCGAGGCCAACAUGAUCGCAAUCUGGUCGACGAUAGAGCCUGGCCUUGGUAUAAUAGCCGCCUCGCUUGCAACACUACGGCCACUGGUGAGGCAAAUUUGGGGCACUUCUUAUCGAGUAUCUACCUUGAAUGGCAUGACAUGGUCGCAGCCAAGGGCCAGCACAAUUAAGAGUAUGCACACGCAAUUUGGGACGAGGCCGCACGAUGAAGAAAUAAAAAUUUACGGCCUCCAAUACACCAACCAAGAUUUGGGUGUGAAAGAUCCAGAGUCUAUACAUCCGUAUACGUAUCGAACAAGCAAAGUGAUCACCUUUAUGGAUAGCCAGGAGGAGAUCGAGAUGGUCCACCAAAACAGUAGGGAGCCUCUCGUUCACUGA